GCAACUUGGCAACAUGUCAUACCUCCCCUAACCUUAAGCCGCUAUGCGGCAGCCUGAACCCAAAUCUAAACCCAAGUAACGGUCAACAACCUUGACAAUAGACAAGGCAACAAACAUAGUUGCAGGCAAAUUUAAGACACAUGUCGACUUGCUUAAUCCCCUUCGACAUGCCUGUAAAUUCUUUUUAAGAUCAUCAAUGGACAACAUAACAAUAAACCAAAACACAGUGGUCGCCCCAACUGUCGUCUGGCUCAUCCCAUGCAUUCCAGAGACCCCAAUUCAGGAUUCCAACACUCCAACCUUAUUUAAUUGUACUGAUAAAGUCACUCCGUAUAAAUGCAAAAAGUGUAGCAGUUUUCGAACCGACUUUCUAGCACAGUUACAGGACCAUAUCCUCCGAGGCCACCCACAUCACCCGUCGCCCGAACUAGUGACACUCCACAAAUGCUCUCACUGUAACUUCGAAACCUUCUCCAAAUAUUUGUUGUUACGACACAUUUCCCUACAAUGUCAAAAACAGUGGCUCAAAUGCAUCCGUUGCCCCUUCAAGACGCGAAACCAGAACGAACUAGCCAAGCACGCGUUCAACGCACACAUCAAAUGCAUAAAAAAAUAUUUCCAGUGUGAACAGUGCUCGGCGAGAUUCGUGGAUCAAGACAACCUCGAAAGACACAUCAAUGUUCAGCACGUGAAAGACGAGUUUGUGUUUUUCAUGUGCGGAGUUUGCACGUUUAAGUCGACUUGUAACAAAAAAUUGCAGCAGCACGUACUGAGGAAACACAAAUUGGAGGAUCAGAAUGAGUGGUUUGAGUGUGAGCAGUGUCCGUCGAAGUUUCGGCGGAAGAAGUAUUUGAAAAGGCACGUGAAGCUUCAGCAUGGCAAUCGGAAGGAGGGGGCGAAGUGCAAGAAGUGCAGCAGAGUGUUCAAAAAUGAUUUUCAGUUGGAAAUACACAUGGCAUGUCAUCAUAAAUUGGGUAGAGAGUGUACCUAGUUUGAAAUAAAAACGUCAUUAUUUUAA